UUCCGCAUUUUAUCUUUCUAUUAAUAUGUGAACGCAUCAUAAAUAUUGUAAACGAUAGCGUAGUUUUUCUUUCGUGUUUAUAUCAUGAUAUUACUACGCAUAGAUGUAGAUAUACAGUCAUAUAUAAGCGCGGCGUCUCACGAAAGCAAACUCAGUUAACUCAACACACGUCGACCAACGCUGAUCACAGUUAGUAAUAGCCAGCAGGAUGUCGUACGGCGCGGUAAAUGAAGGCAUUCAUGAUUAUGCGAAGCAGAAUAAUUCCAUUAUAGUUGAUCUACGAAGCGACACGCUUACGAAACCAACUAACGCAAUGAGAAAAGCUAUGUAUGAAGCGCAAGUUGGAGAUGAUGUUUUUGAAGAAGACCCUACAGUAAAAGAAUUACAAAAAAAGGCUGCGACAUUGAUUGGAAAGGAAGAUGCACUUUUCGUUAGUUCUGGUACGAUGGGAAAUUUGAUCGCUGUUAUGAAUCAUUGCGAUGUACGUGGCAGCGAAGUGUACUGCGGAAACAAAUCGCAUGUGUUUCUUCAUGAACAAGCUGGUGCGGCGCAGAUAGCUGGUGUGAGCUUUCAUAUCUUGCCUAACAACGAUGACGGUACGUUCGAUCUAAAGACACUCGAGAGUGCGAUUCGCGUGGAUCGGAUACAUGAACCGGUCUCGAAGCUAAUCAUAGUAGAAAACACAAUAAAUGGAAAGAUCGUACCUCAAUCAUGGAUCGAAAAAUUGGCGGUAAUAGCGAAAAAGUAUAAUCUUAAGAUGCAUUUGGAUGGCGCUCGACUGUGGAAUGCCUCGAUUGCGUCGGAGAUCUCGGCGAAGGAUUUAGUCACUCCAUUUGAUUCGGUUAGUUUUUGUUUGAGCAAAGGAUUGGGUGCUCCUGUCGGAUCCAUGCUCUGCGGAAGCAAGAGCUUCAUCGUUAACGCGAGAAGAAGGCGCAAGGUACUAGGUGGUGCAAUGCGACAGGUCGGCGUGAUCGCGGCGGCUGGACUCAUCGCUCUAGAGACAAUACCACGACUAGUAGAGGAUCAUAGAAGAGCAUGGAUUAUCGCGGAGACGAUCAAUCAGUUGAAUUCUAAAAUAUUUACUGUAAAUAUGAAGACCGUGCACACCAACAUGGUAUUCGUGAAUGUGAAUACUGACAGCGGCAUUUCCGCUGCGACUCUCAUGAAGAGGCUCCAACAAGUGAACGACAAAGUGGAUGAUCCCUGUGAAGACGAUAAGAUUUUAAUCAGAUGUCUGGCUCUCACAGAAAAUUUGCUUAGAAUUGUUCUUCAUUACGAUAUCGAUGAUACGAUGAUCCAUAAUGCUAAGCGUAAAUUAAAAUAUGUCAUCAAGGAAUUGGAUCCCCAAGUAACAAUUUAAAUUUUUGACGAAGUUCUUUAAAAGCAAUAAAUUAAGAAACCUUA